CACUGAGCACCAUGAUCUACUGUGUCCACAGUCUCUGGUCAUUCCCUUCACUGUCUGCAGUUUCUGGUCAUUCCCUGCACUGUCCGCAGUCUCUGGUCAUUCCCUGCACUGUCCGCAGUCUCUGGUCAUUCCCUGCACUGUCCGCAGUCUCUGGUCAUCUCCUGCAAUGUGUCCGCAGUCUCUGGUCAUCUCCUGUACUGUGUCCGCAGUCUCUGGUCAUCUCCUGCACUGUGUCCGCAGUCUCUGGUCAUCCCCUGCACUGUGUCCGCAGUCUCUGGUCAUCUCCUGCACUGUGUCCGCAGUCUCUGGUCAUCUCCUGUACUGUGUCCGCAGUC